AUGAAUCGCAGUAACCAGGCCGGGCUGAACGCCAGAAAGCAGUACAAGUCUGCUAGAUUAAGCAAUCUUCACAUCAAACUGGCACUUGAUCAUUGGAAGCAAAGCUUUGCUGAAAGGGAAUCAGAGGUCGCCAAGAAGACGGAGAGACUGAAGCAGAAUGCGAAGAGUGGCAGGUUGGUCGGUAAAGCCGUGAUAGCCACUGGCAAAACCAAGCGGUCUUUACCUACUGGUGGCUCAAAGUCAACACAACAGAUUCUCCUGAGGCCGAGUCUCUCUGCGAAGAGGAGAAGGAGAGCUGCGCGGUCGAGGUGGUUGGUCUUCAUCUGCACUCAAAUGGCUAGUACAAUAUCGUCAGGUCUUGCAAGUUUAGCGGCUGCGACAUGUCUACUAUCGAUAUCCCUUACGAGGCUGUUCUGGCUGACCAGCGCCAGAUUACGCGGUCACCUCGUCGUUCGUGCAGGACCAGGUGUUGGCAACUUUGGAAAGAAUCCGAGUAACACUGCACAACAUGAUCAAAGCUCGAGAAUCUAUUCGGGAAUGUGGCAGCCUUGA